AUGGCUAGCCCUACAGUUCUUACCUUCGAUGCUGAGGGUCGUGAAGUUGACUUCAAUGUCUGGGUAGAUGAUCUGCAGCUCUUUCUUCAGUGCGAUUCUAAGGACGGAGUCUCGCUUUUUUAUCUCACGUCCGGCGCCUCUGCUGCACCUGCUGCCGAUGCUGACAGUACAGUUCGCUCGCAGUGGACUACUCGUGACGCUGUUGCUCGCCUUGCUGUUCGUAGUCACCUGCCUUCUGCUGAGCGCACGCACUUUGGCCAGUACAAGACUGCUAAGGGUGUUCCCCCCGUUCCCCUUCUGCCCUCUGUUGCUUCUGCUGCUGCUGUCGACCUCGUUGGCACCGAGGAGGUCGGGGCUGCGUCUGCUCCUAGUGGGAGGCGCCGCUACGGCAAGGGCAAGGGGGGCAAGGGUGGUGGAGGGGACGGCGGGGGCGGCGGUGGUGGCGGUGGAGGAGGCGGAGGGGGUGGGGGUGGAGGCAAGGGUGGUGGCGGGAGUGGGGGCGUCGGUGGUGGCGGUGGAGGUGGUGGAGGCAGCGGCAGCGGUGGUGGAGGCAGCGGCAGCGGUGGUGGAGGCAGUGGCAGCGGAGUUGGAGGUGGCGGCGGCGGUGGUGCUGGUCGGGGUGGAGCCGCACAGCGUGGAGGCUUCGGCGGUAUAGAGUCUACUGCUCUAGGUGCAAGCAUCAUGGACACGAGAUGA